AUGGCGGAGCAUCUGAAGAAUCCUCAAACUGGGCUGCUCUUUGGAGUUGGCGCGUGGUACCUCUGGAAAAGAAGGAACGAAUGGGUUUUUGACCGAAAGCAGCAAGAUACCGCUACCCUCGUUCUGAGAAUUAGGAGCUGGACCAGCACUGUCCGAAACGCUCAAGAAAGCAAUGACAAAAUCCUUACGACGCAACGCACAAGGACGGCGACUGAAAUUGCUUGGAACCCUCCUCCUUCAGAUUGGAUCACGCUCAACACGGACAGAUCAGUCAAGCGACCAGAUUCCUCGGCAGCUGCAGGGGGCCUUCUUCGGGACAGCCUGGGCAGAUGUCUGGGUGCUUUUGCAUCUAAUCUGGGAGCCUGUACCAUUACGAGAGCGGAGCUGAUGGGGGCGAUACAGGGCCUCAAACUCGCUUGGCAGCUUGGCCACCGGAAAGUUCAGUUGCGCACAGACUCCACGACCGCAAUCAGCAUUAUGAGUUCUCAUACAACAUAUGGAGGUCGGUACCAUAACCUUUGGUCUCAACUGCAGGAUCUUAUUAAUCAAGAAUGGGAGAUAGAGAUCUCUCACACCUUCCGCAAGGAAACAAGUCAGCAGAUUACCUCGCCAAUAAAGGGCACUCUCUUAGUCUUGGCUAUCAUGUUAUUGAGAGAGAUGGUCCUGGUCUUAAUUUUUGGCUUUUGUAUGACUCUAUGGGCAAUGCCCAGUCUCGUUUAA